CCUGCCCUGGGAAGACAGUGAUGGGGUGAUCGCAGAGCUCCGUUUCCUUAGCAACGGUCUCUGGAGCGGAGGGCCACCUAGCGAUUUGUUGGACUGUGCGGGUACUGGCCACUUGUUCACAACUCGAAACGCCUUGCAGAUCGGUUGACCCGAUGUUUCAUGGAACUAUCACAAAAGAGCUAACCAGUCAUGAAGAAUGGAGUCAUUAUACUGAAAACGUUAUAGAAGAGCAGAAAGAUUUUGUUUUCGUGAAGUUCAGUGGUCUUCAUUUAAAAUCUAUGAAAAAUUUGCAAUCUUCUAUCUCUCUUAGAAUAUGCAUCUUCUCAAACAAUUUUAUUACAGAUAUUCGUGCACUUCAAAAUUGUAUAAAAUUAAUCAAACUUGAUCUCCAUGGAAAUCAGGUAAAGAGUCUACCAGAUACCAAAUUUUGGAGUGGAUUGAAGAACCUAAAACUCCUCUAUCUUCAUGACAAUGGGAUUGCAAAGUUAAAGAAUAUAUGUACAUUAUCCGCCUGUCCAAGCCUCAUCGCCCUCACUAUGUUUGAUUGUCCAGUAAGUCUUAAAACAGGAUAUAGACAUGUCCUUGUCAAUAGUAUAUGGACUCUCAAAGCGCUGGAUCAUCAUGUGAUUUCUGAUGAAGAAAUAAUUCAGAACUGGCAUCUUCCUGAAAGAUUCAAAGCAUAUAACCAACGGCUUUUCUUUCAUUUCUCCCCUGCUUUGAAAAAGGGAUCAACCUAUGAGGAUGAAAUUAAUAAUAUCAAAUAUGUUAUUUCAAAAAUUAAUGUAAUUCUGGCUCAUAAUUCACCAGUUUUAAUUGUUCAAAGAUGGAUACGUGGUUUCCUAGUAAGAAAGAGUUUGAGCUUCUUGUGUCUGUAUAAAAAACAUCCACAAAAAUUUAGUAAUGAAUGUCAAACACAAUGGAUUUACAUAUACAAAAGAUAUGAAGAUAAGCUCUUUAAAGAUGUCUUUUUUCAGCCUAAAACUAAUAAAACAGGAAAGCUUGCACAUCGGAAACAUAAGAUACAUUCUCCUGUUGAUUUAGAAAAUUUUAGUGAACAGAGAAAGCAUGUUUCUUCUAUUGCAUAUGAAUUAGAAACAAAAGAUAUUGGCAUAAAAUCAAAAAAAUCAAGACAUCUCAUUCAAGGUCAGAAGUCUGAAGAUGAAAUUGAGGAUGAAGAACUGGAUGCCAGUUUUAGGAUAUCAGUGUUCAAACUGCCCCUACGCACUUCAGAUUCAUUGAGGUAUCCCGCAGUAUCGAAAGACAAAGAACAAGAUUCUUUUCCUACAUACGCCCAGCCAUUUUCUACCACUCAUCAAAAGCCAGUACUUGAAAAAAAAGACACGGCGUUGGAGAAGACUGUAAGAAGAGAGUUUUUAACAACACACAGAACCGGUAUAAAACUCCAAACACUUUGUGAUAUUGAGAAAUAUCACUCCGAACAAAAGAUGCAAGAAAGCCGUGAAAAAAAAGUAAUGGCUAUAACCAUGGCACAAGUUGCCCAAGAAAGAGUUGGUUUAACUGUUCAAGAAACUUUAAAUCAGAAAAAAUAUGCUGCACGAAGACGAAUGGCAAAAGAUAAUGAGGCAAUUCAGAAUAGUUUACAUCAACUGUGGCAGGACAGAUCCAGCUACCUUGAAAAAGUUAGAGAGAGGAGAGCUUUGUUUUUAGAAGAAAAAAGCCAAAAGGCUAAAGACCGUUUAUUAAUUCAAAGGUUAAGUAAUGAGCGUACUAUUUUGACCAGAGGGAUAGUUACAUUUGAGAGAUUGAAGAAUAAUGAGGCUAUCUUAAAAGAGAAACAUCUGAUUGUUCGGCAAAAACUAGAGCAGGAAAAAUAUCAAAAGGAUUUACUUAAACACAUGAAGCAUUUUAGGGCUCAAGAAACGUAUAAAAGACACUGUGAUGAAAAAUUUGUGAUUGAUAUGAUUGCCUUUCAAAAAGCUUGUGAAAGAUUACUAGAUGCGAAAACAAAAGCUGCAAUUGUGAAAGCGAAUUCAGGCCUUAAAUUUCCCAGUGGAAUAACAGAAUGAACCAAUGCCAAAUCACAUCCUGUGGUCAUCUUGAAUUAUGGCCCUUAUUUUUAGUUAAAGGACUUUGAAAUAAUACUAUGAAAGAAGAAAUACUCUAUGUCAUAAGUUGGAUUUGUAUAUACAUUUUCUUAAAAAUACAGAGUAAUGAAAAUGUUUCUCUUAUUGAUCAUAACUUAGCUUAAAUCAACUUGACUUGGCACCCCCUAAAGAUUCCUUAUAUAUCCAGAUGUCCAAGGAACAAUUAAAAUCAAUUUCAUUUAUUUCUGGAAAUAUUGCAAAAGGCAUUGCUUAUAUUGUUUCAUAUCCGAGUGCAGCAAUUCGUAAGAUAUUUUCAGUUUCCCUGGCAAUCUUAGAAUAGCAAUUUUUGCCCUAGCUGCUGACUUUUGUUAAGACACAGUGUACUUAGAUUAAUUUCAUUAUCUGCUUUCAUAUGAUUAAUUGUAUUUCCUGUUUAUUUUGUUAAAAUGAUUUCUAAAUUUAUUUUUUCCAAA